AAAACCGUUAAUUUCCAACCGAAUCCCUAGAAUCCCCGGGCCAUGGACCGGCCGGAGCUGAAGAUUUCUCUGGUGCGACCCGCUUUAGUUUCUUGUCACCGGCCAGGGGAACCGAGUCCGGGUUCAACAACGUUCUCGCCGGGUGACCUUGGACAGGUUUCUUUCUGUUCUGUUUCCUUUGAGUGCUGCGUGGAAAAAAGAAAGAACUCGCUGCCCCUUUGCAGACCGAUAAGGACUUCGGCUGGUGGAAUAGCAGGUGUCUCUGUUGAUAUGAUAUUAUUCCCACUGGAUACAAUAAAAACAAGGUUACAGAGUCCUCAAGGAUUUACUAAGGCUGGAGGUUUCCGUGCCAUCUAUUCUGGUGUUCCUUCUACUGCGAUUGGAUCCUUUCCUAAUGCUGCAGCUUUUUUUAUCACCUAUGAAUAUGUGAAAUAUUUCUUGCACCCCUAUUCACCUUCCUACUUGACUCCAGUAACUCAUAUGAUGGCUUCCUCUGCUGGAGAAGUAGUUGCUUGCUUAAUUCGAGUUCCUUCUGAAGUUGUCAAGCAGAGAGCACAGGUAGCUCCAUCUGUUCGAACAUUUCAAAUUUUUUCCAGCAUCUUAUGUGAGGAGGGUAUACAAGGACUGUACCGAGGUUAUAAAAGCACAGUGUUGAGAGAGAUUCCAUUUUCCUUGGUGCAGUUUCCUGUUUGGGAGUCUUUAAAGGCUCUCUGGGCAAGGAAGCAGGAUCAUGCGGUUAAUUCUUGGCAGUCAGCAGUCUGUGGAGCUUUUGCAGGAGGAUUUGCAGCUGCUGUUACCACACCUCUGGAUGUAGCAAAAACAAGAAUUAUGUUGGCAAAGGCCGGAUCGAAAACUGCAACUGGGAAAGUGUUACCUGCCCUGUAUGAGAUCUGGAGGAAGCAAGGAGUUCCCGGAUUAUUUGCAGGUGUUUUUCCUCGAAUGGCAGCGAUCAGCCUGGGAGGUUUCAUCUUUCUUGGCACUUAUGACCAAACACGCAGCUUGCUGUUAUAACUGAGAGUACCCCGUGAAUCAGAUCCAAGAGCCAAACACCUCCUGUUUUUCGAAAAAGACUACAGUUGGAAGACACUACUCUUCUCCUCUUCUUUGGUGAGCAGCUGGUUGAUCUGCAUGACCAGAUCUAUUUCACUUUGGAAAUCCAGUUUUGUUGCAAUAAAAUGUUCCCCUACGUGGAGUUCAAUGAGCAA